AUGAGCUUCGCAAAGGAUAUGAGUUAUCGCCUGCACUCUCCCCGUGAGGAACUUCUAAAUGUGUUAAGAUUGAGUUAUGAUGGAUUAAAUUAUGAGAAGCAACAGAUACUUCUAAACAUUGCAUGCUUUUUAAAGGGAAUGUCAAAAAAAAGUGUAGUUGAUCUAUUGGACUGUUGUGGCUUCUAUGCGGUUAUUGGCAUGAGAUCCCUUCUUGAUAAGGCUCUUAUAACUAUAUCAAGUAACAAUACUGUGGAGAUGCAUGACCUGAUACAACAAAUGAGUUGGGAAAUUGUUCGUCAAGAAUCUCCUGGAAAACGUAGUUGUCUGUGGGAUUUUGACGAUGCUUGUGAUGUUUUGAAGAACAAUAAAGUAAGAAAGAGUUUGAUUUAUUUUCCUUCAUCUGAAGCAAUUCAUGGCAUAAUGUUAGAUAUGUCUCGAUGUAGAAAUCUAUGCUUAAGUCCAGACACAUUCAAGAAGAUGCCUAAUUUAAGAUAUCUCAGAUUCUUCACCUCCUUAGACAUUGAUGGAAGAUUAUGUGAUCUACAUAUUCCUACAGGGCUAGAGUCACUUCCUGAUGAAUUAAGGUACCUUGAGUGGCAUGCAUGCCCUAUUCAGUCCUUGCCAUCAAAUUUUUGCCCAGAAAAUCUUGUUACUUUACGCAUGCCACACAGUCAAUUUAAAAGACUUUGGAGUGGAGUGCAGAAUCUUGUUAAUUUGAAGGAAGUAGACCUAGCUGAAUGCCGUGAGUUGAUUGAGCUCCCAGAUUUCUCCAAGGCAUAUACUCUUGAAAGUGUAGAUCUCUCCUAUUGUAGAAGUUUGCGGCAUGUCCACCAAACCAUUUUAUCUCUUGGCACACUUGGCUAUUUGAAUCUACACAACUGUAAAAAGAUUAAGGCACUUGAAAGUGAAAUUCAUCUUAGAUCUCUUCAGCAACUCCAUGUUGAGGGUUGUUCAAGUCUAAGGAAAUUUUCUCUGUCUUUAGAAGUGGAGUCAUUGAAUUUCAGUUCUAGAGUCAAAUUAUCACACUUAUCCGUUGGGUGUCUCAGCAAAGUAAAAGAUAUGUAUGUCAAUGGGAGUAAACUUGAGAAUCUUCCAGAGGAGUGGUGUUGCUUGAAAUAUCUUAGAACACUUUAG